AUGCGCCCCACCAAGCCCCAGCUACCUGAGCUCUCUCAACGAGAUACAAUCCUUCGCACACGACAUCCCUCCGACAAGACAGGUCCUGCUCCCCGGGACCUCACCUCUCGCCAUGCUUCUCCUCGACUACCAGAAUGUGCUCAUCCAAUCGGUCCUCACCGAGAGGUUCUCAGGGUACGCCCUCACAUCCCCUCCCCUCUCCCAACCAUCUCCAUACCCACACACGAGCAGCAAAACAUGGCUAACCCUCCCCAACUUCCCAGGGCACCCCCCGUCUCCAUAGACCAGACCGUCUCCGACUUCGACGGCGUGACAUUCCACAUCUCGACGCCCGAGUCCAAGUCCAAGAUCCUCGUCUCCAUCCAGAUCCGCUGCUACGCCGACCUCGUCCGCUACGGCGCCGAGCAGGUCCUCCGCCGCGAGUACGGCGGCCUCGUCGUCUCCCCGCCCGAGCCGGGCUACGACUUCUCCAUCCAGAUCGACCUCGACGGCCUGCCCGCCGACCCGUCCGCCCGCGAGGACCUCGUCCGCUCCGUCAGCCUGCUCAAGCGCAACGCCAUGGCCGCGCCCUUCGAGCACGCCUACGAGGAGCACUACCGCCUGCGCGAGGAGGCCUCCAAGUACACCUCGGAGGAGGCGCCGCAGGGCGUCCGCGAGGGCGGCGAGGUCAUGGCCGUGCACUACCGCGAGGAGGAGGCCAUCUACGUCAAGGCCAGCCACGACCGCGUGACCGUCAUCUUCAGCACCGUCUUCCGCGAGGAGACGGACCGCGUCUUCGGCAAGGUCUUCAUCCAGGAGUUUGUCGACGCGCGCCGCCGCGCCAUCCAGAACGCGCCCCAGGUGCUCUUCCGCCACGACCCCCCGCUCGAGCUGCAGGGCGUGCCCGGCGUGCGGUCCGCCGCGGCCGGCGCCCCCGCCGGCGGCGAGAUGGGCUACGUCACCUUUGUGCUCUUCCCCCGACACCUGACGCCGCAGCGCAUGCCCGAGGUCAUCUCGCACAUCCAGACCUUCCGCGACUACUUCCACUACCACAUCAAGGCAUCCAAGGUACGUUGA